ACAGCGUGUUCCGCUGAUAAAAGUGCCUUUUCCUCAGAUUGUUUAAAACUGGCCUGAUGACGUCAUACCCUGAAGCCCCUCGCAGGACUGGGGUCCCUCGAGAUGUACUCAGGUGGCUGCAGAGCCUGGAUCUGAGCAGCCCACCGAAAAACUUCCGCAGAGACCUUUCCAAUGGAUAUGUCAUAGCAGAAAUAUUCUAUUGGUAUUUCUCAGAAGACAUCCAGCUGCCCUCAUAUUCCAAUGGAACAUCACUCGCUACAAAACUGGGCAACUGGUCCCAGCUGGAAAAGUUUUUCUCGAAAAGGAAUUUGAAUAUUUCCAAAGAAUUAAUAGAGGGAACAUUGCAUAGCAAACCUGGAGCAGCAGAGUUAUUAUUACAAGAUGUCUAUGUAAUGUUAACCAACAGACGAAUAAAAACAAUCCAGGAUAACGAAGUCGACUUUACUGACUGGCAUUAUCAGGAGAGAUUACCUAUGAUGGCUAGAUCGACGGCAACAAAAGCCGUGAAAAGCAACAUUACGCUCAGUGAAGUUCUUGCAGAGCCGGAUCUCAUCGUAAAUCAGCAGAAGGUCCAGGCUUUGCUGGAUUUACAUUUGCAGCAGCGGUACCAGGAAAGGAUUGAAGAUCCAAAACGAUUUAAUGUGAAACCAACUUUGGGUGAACAGGCCAUCCGUCUUUCACCUCCCCUUUCUUCUGAACAAAGUGAGGAAGAGGACACCCUUUCCAAACAAUCAACCUCUUCAAGUUCAAACAUCCGAAGCAAAUCUAAUGUUCAGUUUAGAGAAAUCAAGGUCCGGCAAGCUGAUCAGAGUUAUGUAUUAUCGGGUGUAAAAUCUUCAACGUCUUGCUCCACUCGGAGUUCAUCUUAAAAAGAGAGAAAAAGUGAUUGACGUUAUUAAGAUACACAUUUUGUCACCAUUGUGUAAUAUCAAUGAAUAAAUAGAUGUGUUAAAACGUAUUCGACCUGUAUCCAGGUAUUUCGUUAAAUAUCAA